AUGGCGCGGAAUCCAGACCGAAGAGCAUUCAACUGGGAGAACAUGAAAUGCUGUGGAAAGAAACGAAUGAAUAGCAGUAGAGAAACUGAGUUUUAAAGAGAGUCAAUAACCAGAAGGCAAGGUAUUAUAGCCAAUGGUGGCGGUCUAUUAUCUUAAUAUUCUCAGCCAGGCUUGGGGAUUAAUCAACAGCAUGGAAAUUAGGAUUUUAUAUUUGAUAGACCUUCAAUCACAUCUAAUAUGAGUCUGAGAAGAGAAUAAGAUUACGCUAAUGGCUAUAAGCGACCUAGGCAUGAAUUUAGCCAUAACUCAUUCAAGAGCAAUUAGACAGCUUAAAACCUACAGAGGCCUGAUAAUCAGCUGUUUGGUAGUCUCUAAUAAUAUGAUAAGUUACGAUCUACUGCUGUUUUUAAUAACUCCUAGGAAUAGAAAUCUAGGUCCCAUAGCCUUAUCUCAAAUGAAGAUAAAUAGAGGGAGUUCAAUGCAUCAAAAUAGAAGUAAUAAGAUGAAAUAUCAUAGAUAGAUGAGAUAAUAAAAAAUAAGUAAAUUGAAAUUGAGCAGCUGUAGCAACUAAAGGAGUAACACCUUCUGCAAACACAAGUCAAUUAGGUAGUGAUCAGCUAGCCGUUGAGAUUAAAUCAAUAAGAUAAUGCCAACAAUAGCAGGAUCUAAAAUAGUACAAACAGCAGCUCAUUUAUAAAGUCUGAUUAUGUUAGGAUAAAUACUCAAAAUUAUGAAUAGGCAGAUACUUUCAAGGAAAAACCUCUUUUCGGGAUGAGCAACAGUGGCCUAUUCAGCCAGCCAUAUUCAAGAUAGUAAAUAUUUAAUACAUCUAAAAGUACAAUCAACCCAGUUAACACUAAUAUGAACACUAGCUUCGAUACCACUAUGUCACGGGCAAAUAAUAAUGAUUUUAGCAUACCUUUUAUGCUACCAAAAAGAGUCCAGUAAAUGAGUUCAUCCUCUCAAACUAAAUACACAAUAGACUCUCUGUUAGAUGAGCCUGUAUCGUUCAGUUAGUAACUCAAAGUUUCCAAUUUUCAAUAGUAUGCAAACGGUAUUAAGGACAUAAAUUAGCAUCAGCCUAACAAGUCUAAUAAUGAAGAGGAAAAUGGAGGUCAUAUUUACUAGCAUUAUAAUCACCAUUAAAAUCUGUAGAAAUAAAAUGAAUGA